CGAUCGAGCUCCCCUGAUUUCCCACAAUCCCGUGCUUUCGCACUGGCGCCCCAUGUGUAAUAUCAGCGAAGGAGAGUUGAGGCCAAGAAACACCUUUUACCGGCUAAAAAGCGAGCUUUUCCUGAUUGAAGCGGUGAUUGUGACAAGUUUUUAAGGUAUUUCCUCCUAUAACCUAUCAUCUGGAGGAGCAACAUCAUGGAUCUAGUAGCAUAUCUUGAGAAAACCGUGUCUCCCGAUACUGCGGAGCUAGAGCGGGCGCAGAAAUUCCUAGAACAGACAGCCAUCGACAAUUUUCCACAAUUCCUCAACCAACUCUCGGAGAUCCUUGUAAACCCCACCAAUGGUCAAGUGGCCCGCAUUGCGGCAGGUCUACAGCUGAAGAACGCUCUCACAUCAAAAGAUCCCAAUGUUCGCCUUCAGUAUCAACACAGGUGGUUAGCACUCGCAUUGGAUGUCAGGACCAAUAUCAAGAGACAGGUUUUGCUCACAUUAGGUACAGAGGUCCACAGACCCAGCUCAGCAGCACAGUGUAUAGCAGGGAUAGCAUGUACCGAGCUGCCCGCAGAGUUGUGGCCAGAGCUGUUGCCGCAGCUGGUCAGCAACGUCCUGAACCCCGCUCAAGACACAGACCUCCUCAAAGAGAGCUCCCUAGAAGCUAUCGGAUACAUCUGUCAAGAUAUUGAACUGAAAUUUGUAGGAGCGAAUUCAAAUGAAAUCCUGACGGCCAUCGUCCAAGGCAUGCGCAAAGAAGAAUCAAAUAUGCAUGUCAAGUUGGCCGCUACAAACGCAUUGCUGAAUUCAUUGGAAAUUACAAAAGCCAACUUUGAAAAAAAUACUGAGAGGCAUGUCAUCAUGCAGGUUGUUUGCGAGGCUACGCAAGUCAAAGAUACACAGGUCCGUGUUGCUGCCCUCCAGUGUCUCGUCAAGAUCAUGUCACUCUACUACGUUCACAUGGAAGACUACAUGGGCAGCGCCCUCUUUGCUAUCACGAUAGACGCCAUGAAGAGUGAUAUAGAUGAAGUCCGGCUGCAAGGAAUCGAGUUCUGGUCAAACGUUUGUGAUGAGGAGAUGGACCUUGCAAUAGAGGCUUCAGAGGCCGAGGAGAUGAACAGAGCACCUGAACACACAAGUAAAUUCUAUGCUAAAGGAGCUUUGGAGUACUUGGUGGAUAUCCUUGUCAUGACCUUGACAUCACAGCAAGAUGAAAAUGACGAUGAAGAUGAGUGGAAUCCCUGCAAAGCCGCCGGUGUAUGUCUGAUGCUCCUAGCCAACUGCUGUGAGGAUGAUAUCGUCUCCCAUGCUGUACCCUUCAUCCACAAUCACAUCCGAUCAGAUAACUGGCAAUACAGAGAUGCCGCUGUCAUGGCGUUUGGUUCCAUCCUGGAGGGUCCUAAUGAGACUCUUCUCAACCCCCUGGUCAUGCAAGCCUUCCCCGUCCUCAUCGAGCUUCUCGCUGACCCCUGUGUCAUCGUCAGGGAUACGGUUGCCUGGACGCUGGGUCGUAUCUGUGAACUCCUCCCCCAGGCCGUCCUGGAGCAGCCAUACUUUGACAGCUUGCUAGUGGCUCUCAUCGAGUGCUUGGGAAACGAGCCCAGAGUCGCUGCCAAUGUUUGCUGGGCGUUUUCAAGUCUAGCAGAGAAUGCAUAUGAGUCGGCAUCAGUGGAGCCCGACAAAGAGCCCGAAACAUACUGUUUGUCAAAAGCAUUUGAAGUCAUUGUCAAGAAACUACUAGAAACAACAGACAGAACCGACGCCCAUCAAGCCAACUUGAGGAGCGCAGCCUAUGAAGCCCUGAUGGAGAUGGUGAAGAACUCGGCCACUGAUUGCUACAGGCAUGUCUUGGAUACCACUAAUAUCAUCCUGCGGAGGAUACAGCUCAUCCUACAGAUGGAGUCACAUGUGCUGACUGCUUCAGACAGAACACAGUACAAUGAUCUUCAGAGUCUACUUUGUGCCACACUACAGAGUGUGCUGAGGAAAAUGAAGCCCGACGACGCAAACAAGAUUUCAGACAAUGUGAUGAAUGCUCUGCUACAGAUGUUUGAUAACACAAGCGGGAAGUCUGGGGGAGUACAGGAGGAUGCUCUGCUCGCUGUCGGCACACUGGUUGAAGUUAUCGGUAUUGACUUCCUCAAGUACAUGGAGCACUUUACACCAUUCCUUUACCUUGGCCUGAAGAACUACCAAGAAUACCAGGUCUGCGUGGCUGCCGUAGGUCUGGUGGGCGAUAUCUGCAGAGCCCUCAACAAAGAGGUCCUUCCUUACUGCCCUCAAAUCAUGACGCUUCUUCUCGAGAACAUUCAGAAUGACAACGUACACAGAACAGUGAAGCCUCAGAUCCUGUCAGUGUUUGGUGAUAUAGCCCUGGCCAUCGGCUCUGAUUUCCAGCAUUAUCUGCAAGUAGUACUCAUCACCCUCCAGCAGGCAUCCAUGGCUGAAAUAGAGAAGACGGACUUUGACAUGAUUGAUUACCUGAAUGACCUUAGGGAAGGCUGUCUUGAAGCCUACACUGGCAUCGUACAGGGUCUCAAGGGAGAUGAUAAGGUUGCAAGUAGUGAGGAAGUCAAGCUUGUGUUCCCCCAUGUAAGUCAUAUGGUGAGCUUCAUAGAGCACUUAACCGCUGAUGACGACCAUACCGAUAGUAAUGUAGCUGCCUGUGCUGGGCUCAUUGGGGAUCUAUGCGCCGCCUUUGGGACCGAGAUGCUAGGCUUCCUAGAGCAGAAAGUCAUCCAAGAGCUGCUAACGGAGGGUCGGAGGUCAAAGGUCAUGAAGACCAAGACGCUAGCUACCUGGGCAACCAAAGAGAUCAGGAAACUAAGAACCACACUGGAUAAUAAACCUCAGUGAAAACAAGCUGUGCAGCAAGCCCCAAUAAGCUGUUUCCAUGGCAACCAUGCACUCCAUGAUGGACGGGACCCCCGAUAGGAUUGACCAAUCAUGGGACUACGCCUUCAUUCUUGCAUCUGAUUCCACGUAAUUCAAGUAAAAAGAAAAAAAGUCACUAAUCAAAGCAACAAAACAAAAUCCAAAGCUGCUUUGGAGAAACAUUCAUCUUAAUCAAACCACGCCCACUAUGAGAGGGGUGACGUGAGAGGUGUGUGAGAGAGGGCGCUGUUUGAUGUGAAGCAGUGGGAGAGAGAGCGAGCCUUAAUCAAACUACGCCCACUAUGAGAGGGGUGACGUGAGAGAUGUGUGAGAGGGAGAGGGUGCUGUUUGAUGUGAAGCAGUGGGAGAGAGAGCGAGCGACGCCCACUAUGAGAGGGGUGACGUGAGAGGUGUGUGAGAAAGGGUGCUGUUUGAUGUGAAGCGGUGGGAGAGAGAAAGAGCGAGAAUGAGUCGAGUGCAUGUAGUAGAGAUUGUGUCUUUCAGCGUUUCGAGACACAGUGUGUGUAUGUGUGUGUGAGAUCGCAUUCAGUGUAAUGCAAUGAUGCGUCAAUAUCAUCAAAUAGAAAUCACAAAUAAAGAAAAGAAAGAAAGGGAAAAGAAAACCAGUACUCUUCUUGCAGAUUUGUUCUCAGGAUCUUUUUUUUUUUUCCUUUAUUUUUUUUCCUUGGUGUAUUUCAAGACAAAUUUUCUGUAAAUGGAACAUAGACAAACCAUUUCUUAAUUUAAAACUUCCACCAUCUUACAAGUUUAUUUAAUAAUCUUUAUGAUUUAAAAUUCUUUAAGGAUCAAAUUGAAAAGAUAUGUUAGUGAUUUCAUAAGAUACUUGUUUAGAUUUUCUCUUUUUUUAUUGUAUAGUACAAAUUCCAUGCCUUCCAUUGUAAUAUGAGUGUUCAUUCUUAUGUUAGAAAAUGAAUACGACUUUGGCGUUUUCUACUCGCAAUAUUUCUGCCAAAAAAGAGAAUUGGAGGUGUAGACAAAUAUGUUGGAAACUAAAUUGCCCUCCAAAAGGUUUAAAUGAUGUAUUGGUAUAUUUGUGAUUACUUUUAAGAAGUUGUGAUAUUUAGCAUAUUCUUUGACAAUAUUCAAUCAAUGAAUCGAUUUCUGGAUUGAUUGAAUGAUAUCCUAAGUCUACUUAGAAGGGAAAAAAAAAUGCCACCGAAUAACUGUUAAUGUCUUUGGCUAAAGAACAAUUAAUCUGAUAGCAGUGCAUUGGCAAGGAAUCCUAUGUGUCGUAUAAGAACUCUUUAUAGUUUCAUAUGGUGACUUUAAAAUAUGUGCGUUAUUUUGUUGCAUUUUUCCCCGUUAUAUCACCGUCCUUCCUUUUUGUUGUUGUUAUAAAACGAUUGAAUGCCAUAUUUUGGAUAUUCCUUGAAUACUCAUUACUAUUUAAAUUUUCCAUUUGAUGGAAAGUAAUGGUAUUAAGGGUUCUAUUUAACAGUUUUGACAUGAUUGUGUAAGUCAUUGCAUUUUUAAAAACAAUUUAUCCUAGAAUGUCAGAUUAAACAUACCUGAAAUUUUGAAGAAAAAUUUAAUGUGAUUUAGUUGAAAUUGAAAUAUUCACUUUAAAAAAGAAUGAGAAUUUCAAUUGUUACACUGUACCAAAUAUCUGAAAUUAUGUAGGGUAGUAACUCUCUACCUUAAAGUAAUUUCCCCAAAUGUAUUUCCUAAAGUAAAUACCUUUUCCUUCUAUUUAUAAGAAAACAAAUUGCUAUGCUGCCUAGAAAUAAAUUGCUUCAGUAGGAAAUUAAAUAGGAAACAAAAUUUAGAUGAAUAGAGUAGAUUCUGUGUUUGAAAAACUACAAAUUAUAGGAAGAAUACAAAGAGUAUGUUGGUCAAAGUUAAAUUACAAAUAUCAUAAUCCAAUUAAAUAUAUAUAUAUAUAUAAAACAUCUUCACCUUCUUUCAAAGAAAUUAGGAUAUAUGCGAUAUGACAUAACGUCGGUGGGGUGACAAAACUUUGUAUCUCAAUUUUUUGAGAUUUAGAUUUUUUUGCAUAAUUGUGUACCUAAUGGCCUACGACACCACCUGAUAAAUCCAUGAAACGCCUCCUGUCUCGUUUUUUUUCACAAAUUCCACACAAAGGACGGUGUCACACCACUAAGUCUGCUGAGACAGGAAAUGUUUUUACGCUCUCCUGAAAAUUCAUGAUUUUUGAGAUACAAGGUUUUGUCACCACACCGACGAUAAGUUUGGCUUUCUUAAAUAUUGAAAAUAUAGUGUCUUUUCGUAUAUUUCUGGUUUAAAAUAAUAGAAAUGUACUAUUAUUUGGAGAAGGUUUCCUAAAGAUGUAGAUGUGCUUAUGAAAGUGAAGGGAGUUGAAAAAUGAGGAAUAAAAGAUGUGUAAGCUUGAAUGAGUGUGUAUGCGGGUGAAUGUGAAAGCCCUCUUGUGGAGGAUAAAAAAAAAGAUACUAAAUGCAUCUUUCUUUCCAGCUUUUAAUAUGGUCAUGCCCAAAAUGAUACUCCCAAAUCCGUUUCAAGCCUUAUUCUUUCCCACAAGUAUUGUUGGGUGGUUGUGCAGAGGUUUUUUACUUGGAAAUUAUUCUUCUCAAUAUGUUAAUUUUUGUUUUUGAGAUGUGUUGGGGGGGGGGGGGGGGUGGGAUGGCAAUUACCAUUGCUUCUUUGCAGUACAAAGCUUUUAAAAUCCGACGGUACUUCUCGUGAUAAAUAUUACGUUUCAAAAUGUAUUCAAUUAAGGGUAUACUAUAAUACUAAUAAUAUAAGCCAUGACAGAAGGGUUAUGUGAGUAACGUGCAUACAGAUGAAAAUUUGAUUAAUGAAGUUCAUAUUUUGUUCCUCAUCCAUUCAUUUUUUUUUUGGGGGGGGGUGCAAUUUUUCCUUCAUGACUAUUGAUGAAAUGUUAUUGGCUAUUAGCUUGUAGCUGAAUUUCUGCGUAUUUCAGUGUAAUGAUAGAAGAGAACAUUUCAUGAAAUGUCCAGUUGUUUAAAUACAGAUUUAAAGUUUUCAUAUACAUAAGUUGCUUUUUACAACCUUUUGUAGAGUCCAGCUUUCUUUCAAGUUUAUUUGUUUUAUUCUUGAGUAGCGAACAUCACAGGCCUUUGAUUUUUUGGUUGUUUUUUCCUAUAAAGUGGGUUUAGCUUUUCUUAGCUCUCACCAUUUCUUCUUUAAAACCAGCCCUUACUUAAAUAAAUGCAAAAUGUAGAUAGCACAGUCAUUUAUAAGUGGGGCUACCCUGUAAAGAUUGUACUCAGAAAGUGGGUGAUUCCAUUGUGCUUUACAGGGGUGAGCAGGCAGUGGAAAGCUUGAUUGUUUUGAAAAUAUUGUAAUUAUAUAGACUGACUUUCGAAGUACAACUAUAGAAAGACUGGGCCAUUCUGGAACUCCUCCCGGUAUUUUGAGGCAGCAGAAGGCUUGAUCAAUUAUGGUACUUGACGUCUCUUUCAGAAUUGUCUUUAUUUAUUGAAAUAUUCAAAUUGGCAAUGUUUCUGUGAAAUUUAUAAAUAUUCCAAAGGAAGACAUGCUUUACAGCUGGUUUGUAAGUUGAUUAAAAAAGGAGAGGAGAAGAAAAAAAAAGGAUACUAUGCAAAAUACAAAGUCCUACUUGUUGUUCCUGUUUACAAAAAUACAGAAGAGUACUAUUAUGUCUUGUAAAAACUUGUUACUUGUAUCUUUGUCUGCUCAAAAAAACUCAUAAAAGUGAGGAAAUAAAAUGGUCCAGUCUUUUGCACGAUACAUCAGAAGAAAAAUACAAGGAAUUGAUGUAAUAGAGACUCACGAUCAUGCAUUUGUUACUGCAUUGAUAUUUUUUGGGGUGUAUUAUGAUGUGAAAACUUAUUUUAUUGCGUUUCUUAGAAAUGUAUGGUUCAGAUGCUUUUGUUACGACAAAGGAGUGUUCUGAAAAAUUCCUUUUGUUGAAGAAUUCCAAGCUUACAAAGAGCCUUUAUUUUCAAGUAUGAAGUAAUUCAUGAAAGGAAAUCAAAUAUUACAUUGGACAUUGUGGUUGAAACAUUUAGCUACUAGUCUGUUUAAUUUGUGACUUUUUUGCGUUGUAUAAAAACAUGAGUUAUACAGUCAGAAGUAAGAAAAUGAAUACUUAAGUAUUUUCUAUCUUUUUUCAUUAAAAUCAUCUUGCUUUUAUUUCAAAAAUGUAAAAUCUUAUAUAUUGGGCAUUUUCAUGAACAUUUCUUUCAUACUAAAAAAAUUAUGUUUUGUCAAAUCUGAAAACCAAAUUUCGUGUUUGAUGUCAGUGUUUUCCAUGCAAGUUUUGAAAGCAAUUGAAACCUUGCAUUCAGCCUAAAAAAAGAUUAAUAUAGAACUAAGGAUUUCAUUAUUUUGUUAUGGCUCUGCUUAUUUUCCUCCUUUUCUACAAAUGAUUGUAUCCCAAUGCAUAGUCACAUGGCAGGUGAAUCGAGCAAGUUUCCAUUAUAUUUAAAUCGAUUCUGCUAAUUUUGUUCCAUGAUUGUUGUAGGUGACCAGUUACAAUUAAUUUUUAAUUGCCACGAUUGUCAAAUUCCAUUGACGUAUUCUUAGAAAUGUUAUAUUUGAAAUUACUUAUUUUUAAUUUUCUGUAAUUCCACAAAUUCCAAAUCAUAUUUGCUUGUGAUAAUGUAGGAAACGUUCAUGAAAAUGCUCAACAUACAUGUACUAAAAGAGAUAGAUUAACAAAAUCCAAGUGAUUAAAAAAAUUGAACAUUCUGAUUUACCAUGAUGGAUGUGUAUUUGGCAAGCAGAUAGAAAACAAGUUGAUUAUAAUAAAAUGAAUCAACAUUCUACACA